GGGCGGGGCGCUUUUGCGGAAGCCGGCGGCGUCCGGUCCAGCCUCCUCCGGGAGCAAGCAGUUGGCGACCCCGCGCUAACCCGCGCAACUCUUUCCCGAUCCCCGAGUUCUCACACGGUGUCCGGACAGAUCGAAGCCAUGGCCAUUCUUUUUGCUGUUGUUGCCAGGGGAACCACUAUCCUUGCCAAACAUGCUUGGUGUGGAGGCAACUUCCUGGAGGUGACAGAGCAGAUUCUGGCUAAGAUACCUUCUGAAAAUAACAAGCUAACGUACUCACACGGCAAUUAUUUGUUUCAUUACAUCUGCCAAGACAGGAUUGUAUAUCUUUGUAUCACUGAUGAUGAUUUUGAGCGUUCCCGAGCCUUUAAUUUUCUGAAUGAGAUAAAAAAGAGGUUCCAGACUACGUAUGGUUCAAGAGCACAAACAGCGCUCCCAUAUGCCAUGAAUAGUGAGUUCUCAAGCGUCUUGGCUGCACAGCUGAAGCAUCACUCCGAGAAUAAAGGCCUAGAUAAAGUGAUGGAGACUCAAGCCCAAGUGGAUGAACUUAAAGGAAUCAUGGUCAGAAACAUAGAUCUGGUAGCUCAGCGAGGCGAAAGAUUGGAAUUAUUGAUAGAUAAAACAGAAAAUCUCGUGGAUUCGUCUGUCACCUUCAAAACAACCAGCAGAAAUCUUGCCCGAGCUAUGUGUAUGAAGAAUCUCAAGCUCACAAUCAUCAUCAUCAUCAUAUCAGUCGUAUUCAUCUAUAUUAUUGUGUCACCACUCUGUGGUGGAUUUACAUGGCCAAGCUGUGUGAAGAAAUAAAAAAGUUAUCAUUAACCAAGGAUACGAGAGAACAAGGAGUUAAAAGCAAUCCGUGUGAUUCAAGCCUUUUAAUACUGACAGAUGGUGUCUGCCAGUCUCUUCAACCCUCUUCUUUCUCUCUUUUUUUUUAAUAUUCUUCUAUGCCUCCAGAUUUAUCAUUGUCCUAUCAACCAAUUUAUUCCAGUGCACUUCAGACUGAACCAUUUAUUGCAGCAGUAGCCUUAAAAAGGCAUUUUGUUUCUUUGGUUUGUUAACUAGUGUCAUCUACUUAUAGAUACAUUUUUGUUUAUAACUGCACAAAGCUAUCACCAAGGUAGAAACCACCUGUCUUAUGAGCUGUCUACUGAAAUUAUGGAUGACCUUUGUGCACACAAAAGUUCAAGAGACAGAUAGUAUUGCUAACAUCUUGUCUUAAUGUCUUUUGAUUUUGAAGGGUUUUAAGUGCUUGAAAAUAAAAUACAUGGAAAAUUGUUGUUAUUUGGGGAAUUGUAAUUAAUUGUUGGUAUUUCUAGGAGCCCAAGCAGGUAAAGUAUUAAACAUUUUAUCUCAGUCAGAUGGGGAACGUUUUGCUAGCCUGUUAGAAGCAACAGAAUUAUCCUUGUCUGCCUAUUAUUAACUUUUAGGAAGAAAGUUUUGAUCAUUCACAAACCUCGCAGAGCUUGAUAUCCUCUGUUUCCCCAUUGCAGUUGAUUUGAGAAGACGGUGGUUUAAAUAUUGUUGAAGGUUGUGGUUUUUUACAUAUUCCUUUUUCUUUGGUGGCUAUUUAGGGCAAUUGUAUAGAUAAUAGAAUGGGUAGUGGAGGGAGUGGGGAGACACAUUCCUCUGGCUCACCAAAGAAAAAGAAGAGAACCACAGUGGAAAAGCCCAAACUGAAUAUAGUCAGCAAUCAACUCCAGGGUUUGGGUUUGACUGGUGUUGAAUAGUAGUUUGAGCAUCCUUUGUGGUUAAUAAGUUCUUUAAUCUACCUAGUUUUGAAGAAUUCUUUUGGGAAACUUGAGAGUAGACAGUAUGAUACAUAGAAACAGUACAAGACAUUUUAGCUAACAUCCAUGUAACUGCAGUGUGAAAAAAACUGGAGUGUAAUCAUACUGCUUUGGCUACUCUGGCAUCUGUUAGCUAGUGUGUACUUUUGGUGUGUAUCUGAAAGGACAGCAUUUGCUGCCCUAGAUCUAACUGCAUUUAUUUAUCAAUAAAUGCCAGUAAAUGGAAAUUAUAUUACAUUUGACUAUUUUCCCAAUGAAAGAACAAAUUGGUCUGUAAAACCUAGUCACCUGUUUAGCCUAAUCAUGUGCCUUGAAUAUUUGUGUGUCACAUAAUCUGGCACCUGCUACCUGUUCUUCCAUCUAUACCUUUCAAUUCAUGCUGAUUCGUUUAUUUGACAUAUUUUCAACCCCCUGGAACUCUUUUCCUGGUGAUCAUGUAUAGUGCAAAUGUUUUUUCAGUCCUCUUUAUCAACACUAAUGCCUUUUAAUUACAUCAGCAUUUCCUAUUGGAAAACACAUUUGUUCCAUGAAAACAUUUGGCAUUCCUUAAUAAUAAUUUCCAAAUGUCUUUAAUCCAAAGAAAAAGACUUAAAGCUUAUUUCCCUUUCUUAUACACACCUGAAUAAAAAUGAUGUGCAUGUUUUAGGGAUAAAUUACUUAACCAUCCCUUGAUCUAUUUAUGUAUAAGAAUGCUUUUUAAAGCACAUAUCUUGUUUUAAAUGAUGCACAAACUGAAGGCAUUAAUAAAAUUUAAGAGUAAUACAA